GCGGACGCACUGCCCCACCCCGAUCCGCCGCCGCAGCCUUCUCAUGACCCACCACGACACGCAGUUCCCCUAGCCUAAGGUGGAAGUAGAAGCAGCAGCAACAUCCUCGCCACCACCGAUGGUGUCACCGUCGCCGGCGCAGCCGCAGCGCAUUUCUAACGAGAUGAAGGACAUCAUCCUCCGCAUCCGCAAGAUCCUCCUCAUCUUCAUCACGCCCCCGACCAACCCCAGCCCCACCGUCGCCUAUCUCGAGCUCACCGCCCGCCGUGUCCCUGCUCCCCUUGCUCCCGCUCCGCUCCUGUCGCUUGUUCCGCUCCCCCGUCCGCAUGCACGCUAACCCCUCAAUUUCCGGCCGCACCUGCUCCCUUUCCUUCUUCGCGACGAUGCGCCUCCCAAAUCGGACGCCAAGCUCCCAAAAUCACCCAUCGCCACCGCCCGUGCCGCACCGGCCCCAGUCCGCCACCACCGCUCCGACGUCCCAACCUGGAUCCCCUCAGUCCUCCAGGAUCUUGACAGGAGCCCGUGCGGGCGCGCGCGGGGGUCGCUGAUGCGGCGGCGGACUGAUGUGGAGGCGGUGGCUGCGACACGUACCGCUCUCCAUCCCGGGCGCCAACACCAGCUAUGAGUACUCUCAACGACGCAGCGACACUCCUCGAUGAGGAGGGCUGCGGCUCGGAGAGCACCUCUCACUUGGAGGACGACACGGGAGGGGACGCGGGGGGUGAUGCCAACAGAGGAACAGAGGUGGACGACGGCGACGCGGCAGACGAGGGAUAUCGUGCUUCGGCGUGCCUUCCGUUGGGCGGACCUUCCAUGUGCCGCCGUGCCAGCUCUCGCCGCGCUCCACGACGGUGACAGGAAGCUACAUGCGCUCGGUCUUCGGCUGCAUCACCUUCUACUCGUCCACCACACAGCCGGCAACAGCAACGCCGCAAACUCCUUGGAGGCAACGAUGGACCUCUUCGUCAUGAACUGGGGCAGCGUAUCAUUCGUGGCACAGGCAGGCACCCGCCGGUUCGCCUACUACAUCGCCCCCGGGGACGGGUCCGGCCUUCGACUUCAUGGCUUACCCAGUGCAGCUGGAGGGCAUCCCCAUCCCCAAGCACGUGCUCUCGUCGAGCCACACAUGCGCCGGGCAGAUGGUGAACUCUGACACGCAGUUCACCUUCCUUCUCAGAGAACCUGCCCUCACCGACGGACCCAUCCAACGGCGGCCGCUCGCCCACACGACGCACCCCAUGCCUCCGCUCCGCUCCUCCACGUGCCGCCUCGCGGUCGUCACGGCCCACGGGCCGGCGCCCCUCCCCUCGCCGUCCGCCCCUCCCUUUCUUUUUAUUCCCCAACCCCUCCUCGCCCGCCGCCCCACGUCUAUCCACCCGUCCGUCUCCACGCGCAAACGAGGAGGAGAGAGAGAGGGCUAGGUCGUCGUCGUGAGGCGGAGAGAUCUGGGAGGAGGAGCGAUGGACGGGAAGCUGCCGCCACCGAACCCGAAUCUGCCUUACCGUGAGGACUGCUGGAGCGAGGGCGAGACGGCGGCGCUCGUCGACGCCUGGGGUUCGCGCUACCUCGAGCUCAACCGCGGGAGCCUCCGCCAGCCGCAGUGGCGGGAGGUCGCCGACGCCGUCAACUCCCGCCCGGGGGCCUCCGCGCGCCGCCGUCCUCCCCGCACCGACAUCCAGUGCAAGAACCGCGUCGACACGCUCAAGAAGAAGUACAAGGCCGAGCGCGCGCGCGGCGGGGCAUCGCCAUGGGCCUUCUACGGCCAGCUCGAUCUCCUCGUCGGGCCCACGGUCGCUGGAGGCGGCAAGAAGCCCUCCCCGCCCCGCGCGCUGCCCAUGCUCAGGAGGCGCCAGUCGCCGUCGCGAUCCCCAUCGCCGCCCUCGCCACCGCAGCCGCCCUUGGCGCUCCCCCUGCCCAACUACCGACGCGGCUCCAACCUACCCUCGGCGGACCUCAUCCAUAAGGCGGCCGCGGCUGCCGCCGCCGCGGCGGCGGAGUCCGACUCGGACGACGGCUACAACAACAACAAGGAUUACGACGAUGACGACGGCUCGCAGCAGUCGGCGUCGCGCUCUGUGUCGUCUCGCUCUGACGGCAGUGGUGGCGCUGCUGCUCCUGCUGUCGGCAGCAAGAGGAAGACGAGCGGGAGUGGAGGGUUCGGGGAGCUAGCGAGGGCAAUCGAGACAUUUGCGGAGAUGUACGAGCGCAUGGAGGCCGCGAAGCAGAGGCACGCGGAGGAGAUGGAGAGGCAGCGGAUCAACUUCCUCAAGGACCUGGAGCUGAAGCGGAUGCAGGCUUUUGUGGACAUGCAGCUGCAGCUUGCGAGGGCAAAGCACGCCAGGAAUGGUGACGCUUCCUCGGAGAUGCUCAUGUCUCUCGCUGCACUGCCGUUCCUCAGCACCCCUGCUUACCUCUGAAUUGAAGAAGAGUUUAGAUUGUUAGGAGCCAAGCUAACGGGAUGAUGUUGCUCUUUGAUGAAGAUCCAUCUAGGUUCGUUGUAGUUGUUUGGUACAUAGACCCGGAGUUCGUAGUGAGAAAGCAGCGCUGAAUUGCCGAUGGCGAUGCCUGUUUCCCGCCAAGCUUCCAGUGUAGACGACGAAUCUAGUUCCAUUAACCUUUGCAGUUCCGUGUCCGGAAACAGAGUCGUGUAAAACUAUGGCCAACGACCUUUCUGUUUUGAUCUAUUUCUCAAUUCUCAUGAGAUCUGUAACUAAAAUUUCAAACGCAUCAGUUCAAAUUUACAGUUGGUUCUACUGAUUGA